AUGAAAGAUAAAGCGGAAAAUUACUCAGAUGAAAACGCUGACAUCUACGGCGACUGCCAUCCCGAGUCAACAGAGCCACUUACCGGACCAUCUACGUCGCGAGCUGCUUCCAUACCUGCGCCACCGACAGAACCCGAAUCUGUGACACACACAGUACCUGUGUCUACGCAACAGGACCCGUCGAGUGUCAACGUAAAUGACGCUCCGGCAACAUCUAUUUUGGAUGAAAAUACACCUUCAUUAGACCCAGAGAUUCUUCAACUGCUUGGCGAGGACCCCACCAGCCAGAAAAAUCAUGGAGAAAAUCUACAUAAGGAUAUCGCACCUAGAUGGGCACAUAUAUUAGCUAACGGGCUUUCUAAAGAGAUCCAAUUAGAACUAAUAAAAUGUUACUUACCGCCAGAAAACUGCCCAAAUAUGAGAGCCCCAAAACUCAAUUUGGAAAUCAAAGCAGCUCUGUUGGAAAUGAACAUUAAAAAAGAUUUAUACAGCCAAAGCAAGCAAAAUCAACUUGCUAGUAGUCUCUCUGCUAUAGGACGAGUUUUGAAUUGGGCCCUGGCAUCAAAUAGUACUGUUCCUCAAGAUAUAAUAAAGACAUUGAGUGACGCCGGCAGACUCAUAUGCGACAGCCACUAUAAAGAAUCACAAUCCAGGCGUUAUGCGGCACUGAGCACUCUUAAUAAGGACAUAAGAGAUACUGUCAAAAAUACAACUAUAGACGAACAUCUUUUUGGUUCCGCAUUAUCAGAUCACAUCAAGUCUUCGAAGGCAAUAAGCAAGACGGGCUCGGAAAUCAAACAAAAGACUCAACGCCCUACGUAUAGGGCCCCGGCAACAACAACACAGCCUCGGGGCGCUUUAAACUCGAGGGGGGCGCCGCCGCGCGUAGCAGCAGCGGUCGAGCCGCGGACGACCCCUGCACCGCGCCGACCGCCGAGGGAUCGCCGCCUGGAAGCGCCGCGAGGCCGUCGCUCCACCAACCACGCGCGGCAGCAGACGAGGAGACGAUAGGAGAAGGUCCUCAGAACCUGCCAUCCUCUUCACGCGAGUCUUAUCCUGGUGGCAGCCAAAUUAUCAGGGAAUCAAUGAUUAAACGCGGUGUACCUCAAGAAUCCUUAAAUAUAAUGAUGGCUUCUCUUGCAAAAAACACAUUGAAUCAAUACAAUAGUUCCAUAAAAUCCUGGUGGCAUUUUUGCAAAGAGAAUAACUUAGACGUUUACGAGGCUAAUAGUUCAACAGUAUUAUCAUUCCUUACCACAAAAUUUGAAGAGCAAUAUACUAGUUACAGCAGUUUAAACACUCAUAGAUCAGCUUUGUCACUAAUUUUAGGUACGGAAGUAACUGUUAAUGAUUACAUUAACCGUUUCCUUAAAGGUGUUUAUAGACUUGCUCCCCCAAAUCCGAAAUAUAAUUCAACAUGGGACACAAACAUAGUGUUGAAUCAUCUAUCUAAUAUGUAUCCUUACGAUAAUAUCCCAUUAGCUGAUUUGUCACAUAAAACUUGCACACUUUUGGCUAUUGCUUCCGCUCAAAGAAUGCAAACUAUCAGUUUAAUCAAAUUGAAUAAUAUAUCAAAACAAGACAAUGCCAUUGUUAUUAAGAUCACCGACUUGAUAAAAACAUCGAGGCCCGGUUCUUGUCAACCACUCAUCAGAUUGCCAUAUAUCCGUGAAAAUCCCAGUAUUUGUCCCGCGUUGGCUGUUGAAACUUACAUAGCAAACACCUCUUCUUUGAGACAGAUUCCUUCGGAGGAACAUCUUUUUAUUGCUGUGCGAAAACCUCACAAAAAAGUUGGUUCUCAAACAUUAGCACAUUGGGUGAAAAAGGUGUUGCUCGAUAGUGGCAUAGAUAUUUCUAUAUUUGGAGCACAUAGUACUCGCUCGGCAUCUACAUCCGCCGCUCACAGAUCCGGGGUUAGUCUGGAAGUGGUUCGCAAGGCAGCGGGUUGGAGUAAUUCCUCUAAUGUUUUUAUUAAGUACUAUCGAAGAGAAGUAAUCGAUACAAAUGAAAAUGAUUUUGUUAAUGCCAUAUUUGGUACAUGAUUUGUUAAAUAAAACAAAAGGUUAAUUGCAUUUAUUUUAUUAACAUCGUUAAGAGAACGAUAAAUGUAACAUUAUCUUUAAAAUGAUUUAAGAAUAAGGUUGUUUAACUUAUUUAGUAAAUUGAGAAAUUAAAUAAU